AUGGCGGUGGCGGGCGGGCGGGCGCCGGGCCUCUGGGAGCAGGUCUGCGCAGAGUAUGAAGCAGAACAGCCUCAAUUUCCAGAUGUUCCUGAAUCAAAAUGUGGAUCUGUGUCUUUGGAAGCAGGAAUAUUGCAGCCGUCACGAAUGGAACAAUUUUAUGCAGCUGAUACUCUUUUCCAACAGUUGCUUCCCAUACCCGAGACAGCCCCCUUUCCAGAACCACCUGAUCCAAAAACGUGUUCUCCUCAAGAAUACUUAGAGUAUUACAUAUUUCCAGUACUCUUACCUGGAAUGGCUGAACUUCUGCAUCGAGCAAAGAAGGAAAAGUGUUUUGAGAGAAAAAGGACCAAAUUUAUUGCCUGUGAUUUCUUAACUGAGUGGUUAUACAACAAGAACCCAAAGAGGAAAGAUGAAUCAUUCACAGAAUUCUUUUCCAUUCCUUUUGUUAAUGACUGGCUAAAGGACCAUCCUAGGCCACCAAUUCCUCUCUCUCUCCUUCUAUCAGAAGAAGAAGCAAGCAUAAUAAUUCAGUCCUUCUGGAGAGGUUAUCGGGUCCGCUGUGAUACUGAAAUACAAGAGCUACGUCAGUGGCAAAAGCAGUUGAGAGAGGACAAAAACAUUUUUGAGAGAGUGAAAGAAUUCUGGACUAAGCAGGAAGCCAAAGUGGGAAGCAAAUUGGAAGACUCAGAAGAACAUACACAAGAUCAUUCAACAUCUCAAUUUUAGUUUUCUCACCAAUAUCACAAAACACAGAGCUCAUGGACUAAACUUUGUGGUACUGAUUUAGAAGCACUCUUAGCAUUAGUUUUACUUUUUCAUGUAGAGGUGGUAUAAAUCAAAAAGAGAUUAUGUAAGGACCCAGCAUCCCAAGACAAAAUUUAGUCCUAGUGUAAGUGAGCACAGUUCUGUUAAAACAGAUGGAAUUGUGCACAUUUAGCCAAAAUUUUUGAGUCUGUGUUUAUCUUGUGUUCCUGAAUGCUCACUUGCAAGCUCUUCUGACAGGGCCAAAACUCUGGAUGAAAUAAAUGGGCUUAUAUCCACACAUAGGCAUAUGUGAAAACUAAGUCAAAAAUCUUCAUUUAGUAUAAACUGGAAUAGCUUUACUGACUUCUGCAGAGCUGUGACAACUUAUACAAAUCCAGGCUCUGUUCAUAAUGGUCUAAUUUUCAGAAAGGCCAUGCCUCUGCAAUUCCAACUGAAGGCAAGGAGAGCUAGGGUUGCUCUGCAUUUCUGCAGGGGAAAAAUGUCAAAGACCCUUUUGUUAUCACUUAGCACAUGUGCUGAGAAAGUUAAAUUAAGACCUCGGUGAUAGCAUUUUCAGCGAUCUUGUGUAUGUGUACUUACUUACAUAAGGUGCAAGCAGAAUAAAAAUCAGAUUGGGCCCCCUGGCUAAGGACCCCUCAUUACUUUUUUAACUCAGUCUUGCCAAGAAUAGUCCUACUCAGGCCUUUAUAAUUUCACAGUUAGAGAAUGUAUUUGCAGUUCUGCUACUAAUUUCAUACAAGUAAAACAAAGAUCUAGUUGUUUUGAAUUAAAGCAUGAUAAAACACAGACACCUUCUAGCUCUUGCUAUAGUUCAACAUGGAUUUCUUUCAUCACCUACCCAGACUUUGUUCUCACUGCUAUACCAGUACCUACCCCUCAGUUUUUUCCUGGUUGGUGAUGCUGGUGGUUGUACCAGAUCAGGAAAAUCAAACCAUUAGAAGAAAAAAGUCUCAACCUACAUUCUUCAACCCCAGCUAUAUGAUCCUAUCCUCUCCUUUUAAUAAGCACCAGCAAUUGAGCCAGUACAGGAAAACACUAAGACAACUGGGAAGAAAAGUAUCACUUCCAGUGUUAAGAGUUUGGCUGCUCAGCUCCUUGACUGGCUCGCUGUGGGUUUGAUAGGUGUCAGAGCCAAGGGUAAAUGUGAGGAUGUGGCCAGAGCUGGAGGAAAGUGGCUCUAGCCCCUAGGAGCCGGCUUGCUUUAGUUUGACUUGGCUUAUAUUUCAGAAUUGCACCCAUGGCGUCACCACAGGACAAUGCUGGCUGUAGCACCAUUAGCUUACUGUAAUGGAAAAUUUUAGGUGGAUUUUAACACCAAGUUAACACAAACAUUGUAAGUAAAUAGUAAAGCCUUUAUUCUUGUUAAGAACAGCAUUUUGAAAAUAAAACUUUUGCCCAUGCUUUACAACCUUUGUAAUUUUGUAUACUUAUGUACAGUCAUCAUGGUACACAUUGAUUGUCUUGAAAAUCCUUUAAAGAUGUACUUAGUAAGAUACCAGUAUGCAACAAUCAGCGGAAAAAAGGGUACGUUAUAAAACACACAUUAAUACAUUUAAUAAAUAUAUAUAUUAUCUAUCAAAAAUGAGCUUUAGCUCUCAUCAAUUAAUAAAAAGCACCUGCUUUGUAAUCCUGGAAGUUGGUAGAAUAGUCCAAUUGUUUUAUUAUAAAAGCUACAAUGCUCCCUUUUGCAUGGCCUUUGGUUAGACCCAAGGCAUCAAGCUCAAAGCCAACCAAUACGCCUGUGUUUAGAAUAAAACCAGAAACAUCUAGUUCCAUAGUAUUUCAUGUACCUUGUUUAUGAAAACAACUGUAUGUAUUGAGAGUGUUCUUCUGAAGAUGCUAUAUAUUAUCUGGCAAGUGUCAAAUACCCACAACACAUCUGAAAGCAGGACAGGAUCUGUAAAGAAUGGCUUUGAACUUUUUUCCAGCCAUUGAUCAAAAGCCACUUAUUAUAAAUCUUGUUUCAGUAGUAGUUUUUUCAGAUGCUUUACAAUUUAAUUUUUCUGCAUGGAAACACCAUCAAGGGACAACAUAGUAGCUUUUAUAGUAUAAAAGCUAAUUAUAAUUAACUGAACUGUGAAAGGCUUGUGCUUACUUACUAUGUUGUUCACAGAUGCUCUACAUUCUAAAUCACUUUCAUAAAAGGCAAAAGUAAACAAUUUGUUUACUGUAACAAAAAUAAACGUUAACAUAAAGGUGCCUUUCUUCAAUUACAGUUUUAUUUGGGGCAUUUUACAUCACAUACUAGUGACUUACAAAAAAAAGUUGCUUAUUACUAAUUGUAUAAAGUUGGAAAAUAAAGACCUUCCUAAUCUAUUGCCACACUUUCACCACCACAAAUUAAACCCAAUCCUGCUGAUUUUUAAUUUUGUGAAUAGUCCACAUGACUAGCCCAGUGAGACUAGUCACAUGAGUAGCAGUUUGUAGGAUCUGGCCAUAUCUUUGCAUAAGGCCUAAAAUUCCAAACAACAUCAUCAGGAGCAGGAUUGGAAACUCUAUUUAUCAAUUCAGUCACAUCUAGAAAAAGAAAAAAAAAUGUUUCUUAAGAUAACUGUCUUGUACAGAUUUUGUCCAAAGUCUGUAAAAUGUAUAUUAUAAUUCAUAAAUCUUGGUUGUAGCAUGAUAAACUUUUAAAAAGAAAGCUGUCCUACCAUUUAUGCCAUGGUCAUCUUAUACAUUUUUACAAUAGUUUUAUGAGGGGUUUUUUUAAUUGGUCUUUAAAAGCAAAAUUCUGCAGGUAAGUGAUGGUAAUAGAUUUUUUUAUUGUUCCAAAUGAUGUAUCUUCUGGGUAACUAUCAUUAUCUUAAAUACUAUCAUAUUUGAUCAAUGCCUUGCUUAAAACAAGUAAAUUGAUUUCUAAGUCACUGGAUAGCAUGCAAUAUCCACCCCUACCCUACUUGGUUACUAAGGCCAUCUAGUUACUUACAAAAUAAAAUAAGCAAUCCUUAAGCACAUGCUUCCUUUGCUUCGAGGAGGGAAGGGCAGGGGGGAGCUAACAUACUCCUUUACUCAUGCAUGACAGAAAAACAUUGCUUCUGGAAGAGAAGGGCAUUGAAAUAAAACCCUGUAAGAUGAUCAUGGCAAGAAUGGCAAAAUAUAUUUCUUCCAUAUAUAUAUAUACACAUAUAUAUCUGUGUGCAAGACUUAGGGACUGGUCUUGCAGCCUCUGUACCUGUAUGCAGACCUACUGGUGUCGAUGGGACCACUCGGGGGAAUACAAGUCUGCAAGACUAAGUUCCUAAUUCAGUAGAAAUGGAGGUACAUGAAGAAUCAGGAAGACUCUUGAAAAAUAAAAAGCUUGUCUUUCUUUUGCAGUA